AUGGCCCCUUUUAAAGUGCCAACUUGUGUAGACCCUGCGACAAGCCCUAAUGCGGGUCAUCAUUUGAGACACCUACCGCCGUCACGUGGAGCCCCCAUUGGUGCGUCUGGGUCCACCGCUUUUCCUUUGGACACAGAAGUCAAGGUCUCUCAAGCAAACGCGGGUUCCAGGAUCGGCUCUGCGGUCCGCUCUCCCCAUCCUGUUCACUGUCUUGCAAUGUUCAAGCCCAUUGAAGAGGAGCAUACCCCUGUCCUGCAAGGUCCCAGUCAGAGUGGAAGGACGGAGGGAGAUAUGGCAAGAGACCCGCGGGAAAGCGAACUCUCAGAUGAUGUCCUCUCCGUGGACUCAGUGGGAAUGCUGUUUACUACGUCUGCAAACAGAAGAGAGGAUCGUAGUCUGUCUUGCAGUUCGCAAACUAAGCCACUACAUGCUGAGGCCUCAGUUCAACGUGGCGAACCAUUUAUUCUAAAGCCCAAAAGCCGACACAAACCAGGAAACCUCCCCCUUCCCGAGAAAUCUGACAGUUCCAGCAGCGGCCUCGGCAGUGAACACAGUUGUGCCGAUUCAGCUGCCCGCACGGACGCCGGCAAUGAACCUGCCGCCGUAGCGCCAACAGACACCAGUGCGCCGACAGUACGUUGCUACUGCAAGCAGUCUGUCGGACGCGUUCCUCGCUGCAAAACGCGUGGACACUACGGUCACAGCCAUCGUCACAUCGCGGUCACUGAU